AUGGACGCAGCUGCUACUGACACCGAUGCCACCCAACUUCACCAACUCACGUACAAGCGUGCCCAGUUUGUCACCUGCCCAGCCUGUCGCCAUGGCGGCACCACCGUUCUAGUAAAGGAACGACUCCCUGCAUGGCGGUAUGCAGUGGAAGCUAGCGUUAACCUCGUCUUCGCGAGCCUCACCAUGGGGAUUAUGUUAUACUUCCUACCGCUAAUAUUCAGACCCCAGUUCGUCACCCACUCCUGUCGUCGCUGCGGCCUACGCCUCGCCAUCGCUACAGCCGCCCAUGGCGAGUCUCAGUUUACUAUACCUAUGGACGUCGAGGACGAUUGUUUUAUCCCGGCGCCUGAAGACUGGCGACCCGACCUUGCCCGGUUACCUAGUGGUAUGCGCGUUGCUAGGUCGCCGUUAGGACCGCGUCCCGAGAUAUCCGAGCGCGAGAUGAAAGUCUGCAACACGCGUUUUCUCACGUGCCAUCCGCGCGCGCAGUUCACGCUCCUAGCCGGCAACACGUUGGGCAGACCCAUUCGUUGCAUGCGGGCGGGUGCCAACAACGCCGGCGGCCGCCGGUCUGAGCAGCCAUCUUCGAGCACCAGCCAUGGCCAUGCGGAGGUGCUCUAUGAAAUCCACUCCGGCGGCAUCAACACCCCCGUCACGGUCAUGAUGCGCCCGCCACCAGAGAACUCCGUCACGGAGGAGUUGCCCUCGUAUACGAAACAGCUGAGGGGUACCGAUAAGCAGACACCUGCGAAGCAACAAGAACCAGCGGGAGCAGCACAGGCAAGCGCACAAGCGCCCCAGCCCUUCACUCAAGCAUGUCGCAUCUUCUUUUACUCAGGCGACGACCGCAAAUACUCCUCCGCCAUGUACCUUCCGCCCCAGUCGACCUCCGGUAGUGAGACUGCCUAUGUCAACGCUGUCCCGGCCGACCAACGCAUGCAGUUCUCAGCCUAUAUGCCUGUUUGGCGGUGGCGGUCGUCCCGGGGCGGCCUUCUCUGGGUAUAUCGCCGUUUCCGAGACGCCAAUAUGGCGGCGCUCAAGACGAGACUCUGCCUCGUCGACGAUUAUGGCCGGGUUGUGGCGGUCUUGGAUAACUGGAACGGGUUGCGCUUUUUGUCAGUGAUGGCUGACCAGUUUGGCGGUGGCGGCGACGGCUUAGGUCGCCAGAGUGUCCUCACGCUAUAUGCGGAUCUUGGCGCGGCGCUGCUGGGAGAAGUGCUGGGGAGUCUGUGUGCUCUGGCGUUACAGAUAUGGCGUGUCACCGCCGAGCUCAACAAGGAGAAGGAUGAGAAUAGGGGGGAUUGUUAUUCUUGA